AGACUAACAUAAAUGAGAUAUUUCGAUGAAAAUGUUUCUUAGUAUAACAGACGGUCUGCGGUUGAUUAGCGUCAAUUCGUAGUCACGAAAACUCCGACGAAAGCCCUCAUCUGUCAACAUCACCACCGGGAAAUUCCAACAUCACUUUCAUCUGCCUGGCUGGAAGUGUAGGAGUUGGUGGUCUCAAAUAGGAUCAAAUUGAACUGUCCGUAUCAGACAGAACCCUGGUAUGGUACUAAUACCCAUUUGGAUGCUGUGCAUAGGAUAUGCUUUAUACUUAGCUACCAUUCACUAACGUUAGUCUGUUCAUCACUGAAUUUUGGGCUAACUAGUUAGCAUUAGCCUAGCUAGCGCGUUAGCCUAGCCAGCUAAGCGGUCACUGGAAAUGUAAUCGGGUCACACACACAGCUGUUAGUUACCUUGAUUGAUAGCCAGAUAUGAUGGAUUAUAUCAAAGUCGAAUUGUUCUCUUCAGGGAGUGUAUAUUUUGGGGACAUUAUUUGCAUACACUGGAUACGCUUGGUGGCAAUGUUGUUGAUUCAAUGACGACAUGCUCCACUCUAACUUACCGGUACUGGAACAUGUUUGUAGCUAACGUUACUGGCAACGCGCUAGUCGAUGUUAUUGUUAGCAAGUUAGGUAGCUAGCUAACAUUAGCUAGAUCAUUAGCAAGUUGCUGCCUAUGUAGAUAGCUAGGUAACUAGCAAGAUAGCGGUGGCAAGCACUAACCAGCUCCUCUGCUCUGGACGCCCAAAACUGGGAAGAGAUCAAAAGUAGCCACAGCAUAGUUUUUCGUAAAUCAUGAAAAAUUGCGAAUACCAGCAAAUCGACCCGCAGGCACUUUCAACGCCAACCCCGACACUGCCGCCGCAACCCGUUGUUGUUGAGGAAGAGAAGAAGGGGGAAACUGCACGGAGAAAAUGGGAAGUUUUCCCCGGCAAGAAUCGCUUCUACUGCGAUGGACGGAUCAUCGUGGCUCAGCAAAGCGGUGUCUUACCACUCACCCUCAGCCUUAUUCUGGUCACCACUGUACUGUUCUUUGUAUUCGAGUAAGCACAAUUUCUCGUUUUCUUUUGCAUUGCUUUGAAACAAAAUAAUGUUUGCCCUAGCCAAGACAAUGCCACACAGGUUUCAACAAACCAUGGUAAGUUUGGUUGUGUGUCUAGCAGUUUAAACAACACAGCAGAUUCUGGUCACAACAAUAUAAUAAUAGUUUUAAUGCUAGAAAAUGUCAUUACAUCUUCCUACAGGUGUCUUGCUGAAAUGUGUGUUACAUCUCCUGAGACUAUGCUACAGGUGUAAUUAAAAAGGGAAAGUUGUUUAAAACCAGAUCCUCUCUGGGUGGUUGAGAAACUCUAUUGCAAUAUUGUACUAUUGUGUGUGUGUCAAUCUGGUUUGACAACAUUUUCAGUUUCUCAUGUUGAAAAUGAGAACUAGUCCUUCAUGUAGUUACAGUUACAUUUGAGUCAUUUAGCAGACGCUCUUAUCCAGAGCAACUUACAGUUAGUGAGUGCAUACAUUUUUCAUACUGUUAGUCAGGGUCCUGAAUGUUGCUGCAGUGCUCUGCAAUCAAUAUUGUCCUCUUUAGUUGUCUUGGUGAUAAAUGACCUGAAUGAAGGCAGGCUACACAAAACACUUUAGGCUGCGUUUACACAGUCAGCCCAAUUCAGAUUUUUAUUUUCAGUACCCGACAAACUGACGUCACGCCGGAUGCACACGAUUUCUGGUUGCGGAAAGAAAGCAGGAUGUCACCCAUUGUCAGUCAGCGCCAUGUAUUAUCAGCCACUGAUAUAAGCUCUUGAUUUAAAAAAAACAUUUUUGGGGGGGAUUCUCAUAGGCUUACAAUGUUUUGAUUAUUGCUUGAACAGUUGCUAAGAUUAUAUUUGGUUGUGAGAGUUGCAAAAUACUUAUUUUGGAUGCAGCAGUUGUUCGCUAGAAUGCUGACGCUCAUUGACAGGCUUGUAGCAAAGCUAGCCAAAGAGCCAUUUUACUGGUUGAAGUUGAAGUGUUUUUGAAGUAAAAUGCAGUUGAUUGGCGACGAUGACACAUACAUUAUAUUAAGCAUAACAUUCAUACAAGACUUACAAUCCAAUUUAUAAUCCAAAAGUAGUGUGUAAUACACUCAUAAGCAACAUGUAAAUAAGGCUUUUUAGCUGGCUGUCUAUGAUAACUUCCCAGUUUUUGUCCCCCACGGUGGGGAAAUUGUGAAUAGCAACUCGGAGUAUUGCUUAAUGUGAUUUUUCUGGAGAAGUGCCCCCGGACUUGUGCUGAUAAUGCACAGUAAUAUUCGGAAUACAUUGUGAAAAACAAAUACUUAAGCUCACCAUUUGAGCUCCACACAGAUUUACUGCAUCUGUAACUAGCGGUAUUUGUAACUAGCGGUUUACGUAUUAGCAGGGAGGGGUUUCUGCAAAUGUCACGCACAUCGCCCUCUUGUGGCAAUGUUUGCAAACACAGAAAGGGGCCUAUUGGUCUUUUGAUUAAUCAGAUCAGUUAUUUUGCCAAAGAUCAGAAUUGGGCUGCCUUUGUAAAUGCAACCUUAGUUUUCACAUAAGGUAGUCCACUUUAAUUGUUGCUGAAUAUAGUCCUCUUUUUCUUUGUCCUGUCAUCACAGCUGUCCCUUCCUGUUGAAGCACCUGACCGUGUUCAUCCCAGCGAUUGGAGGAGUGCUGUUUGUGUUUGUGGUCAUCUCCCUCCUGCAGACCAGCUUCACUGACCCUGGCAUCCUGCCCCGGGCCACACCGGACGAGGCCGCAGACAUUGAGAAGCAGAUCGGUAAGGGCAACACAUACACACCUGAAAGAACAUUCUUCCUUUCCCACUCACUUUCCCAGCUUUGUGUACACGUUCACCUACACUGCCCAAGUGACUGCAUUUGUUUUCCUGUUCCAUAUUCUGGUCUCUUUUUUACCUUUUAUCACCAGUUUGUUUGCGCUGGUUUUUGAGACACUGUAGUAGCAACAUAUAUGCUAGUUUCCUGCUUUUUUUUGUUGUUGAAGCAAUGCAUUAUUCAGCCAACAAAUGGUUGAACCUCCAUAAUUACAGGCUUCCUCCUCCCUUGAGGGAACCACACACAUAGUCUCUUCUGACUGAGCAUGGAGGGAUGGAUGGAUGGAUGGAUUGAUUGAUUGAUUGAUGGAUGGAUGGGGGGUGGAUGGAUAGAGGUCUUUGAACUGUUGAUGACACUGCUUGUUGCUGUGUGGAUGGUCAGUCUGCUGUGUGGGUAGUUGCCUCUGCUGUUUAAUUGUGUGAAAAAUUAAUGGACACAGGCCCAUUUGCAGUGGGAUGCCACUAACAUCUCUCUCUCGCUCCCUCCCUCUUUUUCUCUUUCCAUCUCUCUCUCUCUCUGGUUCUUUGUAGAGUGGCAACUCACUUCACGUAGAGGGGGUUGUGGUUUAAAUAGUGAUUUCAUUGUGUGGCACCAAAAGUAUAAAAAAAAAAAAGUUAAAGAUCUGAUUGGUCAAAAGACCAAUUAGUGGGGGAAAAAAGAUCAGAAUUGGACUGCAUGUCUAAACGCAGCCUAUGGGAUUGCCAGGCAGGCAGCACACUUUCAUACAUUACACAGAGCCUGUGUUGAUUGAUUGCCUCCCCCGUGACGCCCCCUUAAUGGCCUUCACUCCGCCAGCAAUUAGGCCUAAGGCCACAACUGCCUGGAUCACAACAUGGACACAUAUAUAUUACACACACACACACAAAGCAUAGGUUUUACUAUCCUAGUGGCGACCAAAAAUAGAUUUCCAUUCAAAAUCCUAUUUUCCCUAACCCAAAUUCUAACCCUAAGCCUAAAAUAGGAGAAUUUUCCUUGUUUUACUAUCCUUGUGAGGAAUCUUGGGGAUUUCCGUUACCCACGAGGAUAGUAAUACACACGCAUACACAUACCUUGUGUACUAUAUCUCCUGAUAUGUCCUCCCUGUCUUUCUCUCCUCCUCAGAUAACUCUGGCUCUUCCACCUACCGACCCCCUCCCCGCACCAAGGAGGUGAUGAUCAACCAGCAGGUAGUGAAGCUCAAAUACUGUUUCACCUGCAAGAUGUUCCGGCCACCGCGCACCUCCCACUGCUCCCUCUGUGACAACUGUGUGGGUAAGGACCAGUGACAGAGGGGGGCGUUCAACAUGGGACACAGACAGAGGGACACACUGAUAUUUAUUAGAUUGAAUUAUUUAGACUAUACUACACAGCCUGAUACUGAGAUUGUUUUGUAGAACAGUCUUUAUUUAUCAGUCUUAUAAAGAGGAUUUAUUAAUGUUGGUCUCCUCCAUAAAGAUGCUGAUCAACUCUGAAAGCAGGGCCUCUUCAUUUAAAUAAAACGUAUCUACAUUUCAUUCAAAUGUAUUUUCCUAUUGAAAGGGGCUUGAGAGCUUGGCCUCAAUGUCAGUGGGAUGUCCUUUGUAGAUAUUUGUACAUUUUCUUCCUCCUCAAUCUCACUCUUCCUCCUCGAUCUUUCUUCCUGUCCUCCAGAGCGAUUCGACCACCAUUGUCCCUGGUUGGGGAAUUGUGUUGGGAAGAGGAACUAUCGUUUCUUCUACACCUUCAUCGUCUCUCUAUCCUUCCUGACAGUCUUCAUCUUUGGCUGCGUCGCCACACAUCUAGCACUGAGUACGUAGCCUACAUAGCAGACACUGCCAUGGCUUGUGAUUUUGUAUGGAACUGUUGCGUGGAUCCUGAUUAUCAUCCUGUCAUGGUUUUCUGUAACAAUCUCCAAUUUUUCUGUCCUCAGGGGCACAAGGAGGGAGAGGCCUGAUGUUUGCUCUUCAGGAGAGUCCAGCCAGAUAUCCUUUUACCAGGACUCUGUGUGUCUAGGGUUACCGAUCUGAUCCCCUCAUAAUACCACUUCCUGAUUCGAGUAGUUCGGUGUUAGGGUAACGAAACUGUCAUUCACUUCAGCUUCUUGGCCGUAUUGCAGAAUAAGAAUGGGUCUCUCGAUCUGUCUGUUCAGCUGACAUCUCUGGUGAUAUUUAAAUACUCAAACCAUCAAUGUUGUCCUUGACUUUUCUUUCUGCACUGCUGUGGAGCUGGUGAUUUGCUUAUUUUCAGUUUGGUCCAUCUUGGGCCUCUCAGGCUUCCAUACCUACCUGGUUGCUUCUAACCUGACCACAAAUGAAGAUGUGAGUAAAUGCCAAUGAGUGUGAUGUCUCUGUCUCUUCUGGGAUAUGUAUAAUAAACAUAUAGGUAUUAUACACUUUAAAGGUCCAAUGCAGCUGUUUUUAUCUCAAUAUCAAAUCAUUUCUGGGUAACAAUUAAGUAUCUUACUGUGAUUGUUUUCAAUUUAAAGUGUUCAAAAAGAAACAAAUAGCUUCUUAGCAAAGGGCAAUUUCUCAAGGAAGAAUUUAGCUAGGACUGUCUGGGAGUGGUCUGAGUGGGGAGGGGGAAAUGGAAAAUGAGCUGUUAUUGGCAGAGAGGUUUGGAACUCUUUCUUAUUGGCCUAUUAACUAAUUUACCACAUUGAUGCCACCAUGGAAGGUGGCAUCACUAUAAGGGCAUUUUCAUAAUUUUAACAAUUUCACAGUAUUACUCCAACCUUAGUGUGGAAAUGUAUAUAAAACCCAGGAAAAUCACAUAUUUUGACUGCACUAGGCCUUUAAACAGUUAAGUGACCCUCCCAGUAACGUGCAGAUGGAAAGUAGCCAUGUAGCUUAACCUGGUGUCAUGUAAACUAAAACUAGUCUAGGAUGAGGACUGAUGGUCAAUCUUGUGUGUCUCUCUUCUUCCCAGAUCAAAGGCUCGUGGUCGGGGAAGAGUGGGGCGGAGGACACUGGUAACCCCUACAGCUAUAACAACAUCGUUACUAACUGCUGCUCAGUUCUCUGUGGACCCAUGCCUCCCAGGUGAGACUCAGCAUGGUUUAUAAUGUGUCUUUGAUAGGGUUUGAGUAAGUUCUUUUUUCAAAUCAGUCCAUUUAGGAAGUGUUAAAAAAAACGUUGAAUUAAAAAUGCCACAUUGUUUUCUGAGGUUUAAUUUCUAAUCACUCCUUGAAUUGACUAAAAAGGAAGCUGAAUUGACCUGAAGCCUGACCUAUUUGACUAACCUGUUUCCUCCAUGUUGUCCCGUGUCAGUUUGAUUGACAGGCGAGGCUUCGUGCCGGUGGAGGAGUCUUCCCAGACAGUUGCCAUGGAGAUAGAGCUGCCCACGCUGGCUGCUAAGAAUGAGAUAAACGUGGUAGGAGGGCCCACGCCGUCCCAGCUGCCCCCCAGUGCCUUGCAGGUUCCCCCCUCCCCUCCACCUCUAUCUGCAACCCCAAACUCCCUUCAGCCUGACUGCCAUACUCCAAUUUAGUUGCCUUUUCCAACCUAACCCAACCCCCCUUCACUGUUGCCUGACUGGCUGUUGUGUUUGGGUUCACCCCCUCAUGACUUAGUCCCACAUACCAGUGUACUGUAUUACUAUUGAUCAGGAUCCAGGAUCCUGUUGUUGUGGUCAUUACAUAUGUUGUUGCCUGGUCCUGGUAACCCAGUCUACCCCAGACUGUUCAUUGUUUACAGUUGACAGUAAAAGACUGUCUCUGGAAAGAGGAAGUGAAGCCGGCUGCUAGGCCACGUGUUUGACGUGGGUGAAGCUCAACCGUUAGUUACUCACACCAUUCCAUGCCUUAAUGUUAUAAUCAGGCAACUCUGUUAUUUAGGUAUUUCGUUUCAGUGAAAAGGGGAACAUAGCCUAUAUGAUUCAUCCACUUCCCAGCUGAGUUAAAGGUUUUGCCCUUGUUGUUUUGUGGUUGAGGAGAAUCUUAGGUGCUAGGAGUUUUUAUUAAAAUAUGUUUGUUUACAAAGUGCGACUGCCACUGGGCUAUUUAGUUCAGUCGGACAACAGUGGCACUCUCCUACCCUUCAGACUAUGUUGAGUCUGUCUGCCUCUUCCAAACCAACAGGCCUUCCUUCUGUUUACAUUCAAGCAAUAGGGAAAACCUAACCUAACCUUGGUUUACUUUAAUGGUACAAGGGCUCUGUCAUAUCUGCUGGAAGUUUGCACAUUAUAAUUUCUUUGCACAGAAGGAGUUAGACCAGAGAGGGAGACCAAGCACAGUAUUGGCUCAGUAUUUAUACUUUUAGCAAACACAUGCUGGUAAUGGAAGCGGUUACUGCUGGGAACUUACCUGUCACAAACACAUCUGUACCCAAGAGCUGUUUUUAUUUGUCUCAAUCUGGACACCCUCCCUCACUGAUACUGAGUUGGUCAGCUAAAAAAGAGUUGGAGAGGUAUUUUAUUUAUGCACAUGGAAUUAUCUUUUUUUACAGUGUGAACACACUUAUUUGUCUUCCCUCAAUGUUCUUGUUGUCGUCUGUAUUUUGUAUUUGUCUCUGACUUGACUCUGUGUUGUUAUUGGAGUGUGAGGUGUGUUCUGUUCUGUUCUGUGUGUCAUAACAUAAUGUAAUGGUCAUGUUAAAGGUGACACAAAAGCUACUUAAAUUUUUAAAUUUUAGUCAUUUAGCAGACACUCUUAUCCAGAGCGACUUAAAGGAGCAAUUAGGGUUCAGUGCCUUGCUCAAUGGCACAUUGACAGAUUUUUCAGUCGGUUUGGUGAUUCGAACUCUCGGCUACCUGCCGCCCUCAAGCCAGUCAAAUCAUCUCCCUCUUACUGUUUUCUUAUGCUUUUAAAAUAUGUUUUGUAUUACAAUCUUAUAUUGUUUGUCUGUUUAUUUUGGUCUUCUAAAUAUUUAUAUACGUCAUUUUGGAAUAUAUUAAUAUAUAAUAUUAUGUCCAUCUGAAAUGUACAGUAUUAAAUAUUGCAUUUAAAAAAUGAAGUAAAUACAUUUAUUUCCAAAUGAGUUGUUUUCAAUAGACAUGAAUUCCUUUUUUUUUUAUUCUCAACUGUUACAGUUAAGAUGUAGCAUAAUCAUACGAGUGAACAGUCCCUAUGUCGUCAUUGUCACUAAGCCUCACCCGUAUGCCUAUUCCAUAGUGUCAACUGGUCUCUCCGUAUUUGUCUGUAUGUCCGAUUACCACCCCCCACUAGGAGGACAACUGUCUGGACUUUGCUCUGUCCUGUGUUGGCUGAUGAGCAAGGUUAGUGGAGACAGACAGACCGAGAUUGGUGAGAUGACCCCAGGUAGAGUGCAGUGCAGGGUGUUUGGCUGGCCUUACCCGUCUCUGUGGCUACUGUGUCUACAUCUGGGUCAAUUCAGGAAGUCAGUUGAAUGCCAAUUCACUUAUUUGGGAGUACUGAAUUGAAAACUGAAUAGAGCUCAACCGUGGUGCAGAAGGGAGGUUUUCUAGGGGGCCCUCUCUCUGUGGCUGGUUGCUGUCUGCUUUGUUUUCUGCCUGGCUGGCUGGCUUCUCUCAGUGCUGCUAUGCUUCUUCCUUUAACAUGGCUGAUUUCAACCACGUCAGGCUGUAUCCCAUCACACACAGAAUCAGCCUCUCUAAACUCAAGGUCCAGACUUGUGAGAUUUGGAGUAUCACACUCUCAAAAACGGAGGAAACUAUAAUGGCACAUUCGUUGUACUUUAAUUUCUAUAUUUGUAUUGUGUUUUCUCCUUGUCAGCUAUGCCACAGAUACACUCAUGCUUAAAUGCACAGAUACAGUGAGCCCAAAAAGUAUUGGGACGGUGACACAUUUUUAGUUGUUUUGGCUCUGUACUACAGCACUUUGGAUUUGAAAUGAUACGAUGACGGAGGGUAAAGUGCAGACUGUCAGCUUUAAUUUGAGGGUAUUUUCAUCAAUUUCUGGUGAACCGUUACAGCAAAUGUUGUACAUAGUCCCCCCCCCCCAUUUUAGAGGACCAAAAUGUAUUGGGACGAAUUCACUUGUGUAUUAAAGUAGUCAAAAGUGUAGUAUUUGGACCCAUAUUCCUAGAACACAAUGAUUACAUCAAGCUUGUGACUCUACAAACUUGUUGGAUGCAUUUGUUGUUUGUUUUGGUUGUGUUUCAGAUUAUUUUGUGCCGAAUAGAAAUGAGUGGUAAGUAUUGUGUCAUUUUGGAGUCGUUUUUAUUGUAAAUAAUAUGUUUCUAAACACUUCUACCUGAAUGUGGAUGCUACCAUGAUUACGGAUAAUCCUGAAUGAAUUGUGAAUAAUGCUGAUUGAGAAAUUUACAGACGCACAAAUAUCACCCCCCCCCAAAAAAUGCUAACUUCCCCUGUUAUUGUAAUAGUGAGAGGUUAGCAUUUCUUGGGGGUAUGAUUAUUUGUGCGUUUAACUUUCUCACUAAACGUUUGACUACUUCACAUAAGUGAAUUUGUCCCAAUAAUUUUGGACUAUGUACAAAAAGUGCAGUAAUUUCUAAACGGUUCACCUGAUUAUGGAUGAAAAUAAUCUCAAAUUAAAGUUUACAGUCUGCACUUUAACCUACCUCCAUAGUCAUUGUAUCAUUUCAAAUCUAGUGCUGGAGUACAGAGCCAAAACAAUGAAAAAUGUGUCGCUGUCCAAAUACUUUUGGAGCUCACUGUAUAUGUGCACACCAGACAAUGAUCAAAAUAACUUUUUCAAGCAGUAGACUCGUUAAUAGUUUAUAGCGAUUCCGUCUUCCCACCUGCUUCUUGUUUUCUAUUUUGAAGCAUAAAUGGCUGGACAGAAUUGUUCGACAGAGGAGAAAAUGCAAACCAUUCGAAAUUACCCUCGGUGCUCAGGUUCUGAAUGUGUUAAAUGUGCGCUGACAGCUACGCCAGUCCUUUACAUAACAUCAUUAGAGCAUCUCUGUCUUCUCUACUCAACCAGUCACAAAUGCAAUUAUCUCCACAGUACAGUGUUUAUGCUCUGGUGUUUUUUUAAAAACCUUUGUUACUUCAUCUUUCAAGUAACUUUCAUUGAUCUGUCAUUUUUGCAAGUGAUAACCCUCAAAGGACUAUUCUUCAAGGCAAUGGCCUCGUCCCCAGCCGUUUAGGCAUCCUACUUGACUCUCAAACGAGAAUUUGAUGUGAUCUCUGGUACUGUGGGAAUACCGUGGUACUGCAGCCCUGUGUUACAUUUCUUCAUCUGCAUGGUUACCCCUCACCAAAACGACUGUCUGCUACCAAGCAUCAUCAGAAUACCUGCAUGUCCUUCUUGCACCACUACAAUAACCUAUAGCUUGACCUUUGACCCAUAGCUUUGCUAUGCAUAGCUGUCUGAGUGACCUCUCCUCUCCCUGGGGGGGGGGGGGGGGGGGGAUUUCUGUUCUUAAACACAUGCUUGCUUUUUUAUUUUCAGCUGAGCUACAGUGAGGGGAAAAAAGUAUUUGAUCCCCUGCUGAUUCUGUACGUUUGCCCACUGACAAAGAAAUGAUCAGUCUAUAAUUUUAAUGGUAGGUUUAUUUGAACAGUGAGAGACAGAAUAACAACAAAAAAAUCCAGAAAAGCGCAUGUCAAAAAUGUUAUAAAUUUGAUUUACAUUUUAAUGAGGGAAAUAAGUAUUUGACCCCCUCUCAAUCAGAAAGAUUUCUGGCUCCCAGGUGUCUUUUAUACAGGUAACGAGCUGAGAUUAGGAGCACACUCUUAAAGGGAGUGCUCCUAAUCUCAGCUUGUUACCUGUAUAAAAGACACCUGUCCACAGAAGCAAUCAAUCAAUCAGAUUCCAAACUCUCCACCAUGGCCAAGACCAAAGAGCUCUCCAAGGAUGUCAGGGACAAGAUUCAGAGGAGAACUGGGUGAAAGUGUUGUGGUCAGAUGAGACCAAAAUGGAGCUCUUUGGCAUCAACUCAACUCGCCGUGUUUGGAGGAGGAGGAAUGCUGCCUAUGACCCCAAGAACACCAUCCCCACCGUCAAACAUGGAGGUGGAAACAUUAUGCUUUGGGUGUGUUUUUCUGCUAAGGGAACAGGACAACUUCACCGCAUCAAAGGGAUGAUGGACGGGGCCAUGUACCUUCAAAUCUUGGGUGAGAACCUCCUUCCCUCAGCCAGGGCAUUGAAAAUGGGUAGUGGAUGGGUAUUCCAGCAUGACAAUGACCCAAAACACACGGCCAAGGCAACAAAGGAGUGGCUCAAUAAGAAGCACAUUACGGUCCUGGAGUGGCCUAGCCAGUCUCCAGACCUUAAUCCCAUAGAAAAUCUGUGGAGGGAGCUGAUGGUUCGAGUUGCCAAACGUCAGACUCGAAACCUUAAUGACUUGGAGAAGAUCUGCAAAGAGGUGUGGGACAAAAUCCCUCCUGAGAUGUGUGCAAACCUGGUGGCCAACUACAAGAAACGUCUGACCUCUGUGAUUGCCAACAAGGGUUUUGCCACCAAGUACUAAGUCAUGUUUUGCAGAGGGGUCAAAUACUUAUUUCCCUCAUUAAAAUGCAAAUCAAUUUAUAACAUUUUUGACAUGCGUUUUUCUGGAUUUUUGUUGUUAUUCUGUCUCUCACUGUUCAAAUAAACCUACCAGUAAAAUUAUAGACUGAUCAUGUCUUUGUCAGUGGGCAAACUUACAAAAUCAGCAGGGGAUCAAAUACUUUCCCCCCUCACUGUAACUGUUCUUGCUUCUUCUUAUCUUUUCUGCUCACCUCUUUCUCACGUCUUUUUUCCAACUCUAUUCUCUGUCUUCUCCCCUUAUCUCGUCUCUUUCUCUCCGCAACCCUCUCCUUCUCCUCCCACCCAGUGCACACAGGGAACUAAAGACCUGUUGGAGUCGGCAUCUCGCUCUCCGUGCCCCCAGACAGGGAAACCCCAGACAGUCUCUUCCUGUCCAGACAGCAUCGGCCCAGCUGACUCGGCGGUGACCUUUAACCCUGCUGUGACCUCCGACCCUGACCCUGUUGCGGUGCCCUCUCUGAAAUGCGGAGGCCGUCACCACAGCCACACCACCAGCCCUCCGGUCGAACCCCGCCAGCAGCACCACCACCAUAACCGGCAACACAAGACACGGUCGACGCGGAGCAGCAGCAAGCGGGCCGCUCACCACAUUUCCAACCCGGCUUACAACGUCAGCCUCAGCCCCACCACCUCUCCAGGCCUGGGGCCUAGUCAUGGUACAGGGGCAGAGGACCACAGAAGAAGGGACAGUUUUGCCGCACUGCACUGA